GCAACAGGUAGAAUGUUGUGCGUGCGAACAGGGCAGCGCCGUGCUAAAAGGAGCGGUCAGUGUAGAAGGAGCGUGCAGUGUUGCGCUUGAGUAGUGUCGUAACGAGUGCGAGUUCCGUGUCUCGUUGUAAAGUUCCGCAGAGAGCCGACUCCGGAGUGUGCCCGCUGUACAUGGCUGCCACGGUGCUGAGCAUGAGUGCCAGGCUACAGCGCUUGGACGAGCCGGUCUUUGCCCAACUGAAGCCUGUCCUGGGCCAGCAGCAGUCGCAUGUACGAGGGGAGCCCAUCACAGGAGGGUCGCUGUUUGCAGAAGACAUGAAGAGCGGCCGCAUGAUGCCCGAUGAUAUGGUGCAGACUAGAUGUGAAAUGGAGAAAUAUCUUUCACCUCAUCAUCAUCCUCCUCCUCAACUAAACAUCAUGCCAGAUUCAAAAAAGUACAGGAGAGACAGUGCAUCAGGCAUUGACCAGUUUUUUAACGAGAGUGAUGGACUGCCUUACAGUAUAAACAUGAAUGUCUUCCUUCCUGAUAUCACUCACUUAAGAACAAGCCUGUACAAGAGCCAGAGGCCACCUGUAACCCAUAUCAAGACAGAGCCCACUUCAGUAUUUAGCCACACAAGCGAUGCUGAACCCACACAGAGUCUUCCUGAAUUUACCAGCAUCUUCAGUUCCCACCAAAACGCUGAUGUUAAUAACAUUUACAUCAAACAAGAGCUCCCUUCACCAGAGAUUCCCCUUUCUGUCAAUUCUCAGCAAGGCCAGUUGUACCAGCUUUUAAGUUCACCAGAUAUUGAUAUGUCUAACUCCACAAACCAGCCCUCAGUGAUGGACACUCUUAAUAGUGCUUCCAUGGCCACAGAAAUGUCUGGCUUUAACUCGCUUUCUUCUCCAGUACCACAGACUGCAAUGAAACAAUUCCAGAGCAUCCCCCAGUGCUCAUAUGGCAUGCCUAGCCAAUUUCUGCACCAGCAUGAAGGAACCUACUUCCCACCUUCUCCCCCGAGCUCUGAGCCUGGCAGCCCAGAUAGGCAAGCAGAGCUUCUCCACAGUUUCAACCCUCCACCAUCUUAUGCUGCCACAAUAGCCUCCAAGAUGGCAAUUCACAAUCCAGCCUUACCUGCGCAGGUGCAAAUAACGGCCCCGAUUCAGUCUGUACGAUACAACCGCAGAAACAACCCUGAUCUGGAGAAAAGGCGCAUUCAUUAUUGUGACUACCCUGGGUGCACAAAGGUGUAUACAAAGUCAUCCCAUUUAAAAGCUCACCUGAGAACACAUACUGGAGAGAAGCCGUACAAGUGUACUUGGGAAGGCUGCGACUGGAGAUUUGCCCGCUCCGAUGAACUGACUCGUCAUUACAGGAAACAUACAGGGGCAAAACCCUUUCAGUGCGCAGUUUGUAACCGCAGUUUCUCCCGCUCUGAUCACUUAGCCCUCCAUAUGAAAAGGCAUCAGAACUAAUCUGGUCUCUUCGUCGAGGCUCCUUCACUAUGCAAUUUUCCAAUUACUGCCUCAGAACGGAAAGAUGCUGUAGAUAAUAAGCAAUGAGGUUAUUACUGGACAGUUGUGUGCCUUGGUAUGGACUUCAUGUACAAAGGGGGACAAAAAAAUUCAUGUGCAGUUUUAUUUAUGACGAACCUGGGAAGAUUCUAUUUUAAAUCAGAUUGCUCCUAAAAAUAACUUUUUUUUUUUUUUUUUUUUUUUUUUUAUCUUUACCAUAUAUUUUCUGUUUUCUUCCAAUCUACAAUACUAUGUAUUUACAUCUCAGCACACAGGGUCAUUAUAAGUUGUUUAGUGGUGUUUUGACCAAAGCACUGUCUGUAUUGUAACAGUGUUUAGUAAAUGAAAGGAGGUUACAGAUGACUGCACGCAAAGGACAAUCCAUAUUUGUAAAGCUUAAAAGGAAAAUAACUUUAAUACUUGAUAACGCAACUACAUUUUUAAGUUAUUUCACUACAAUCGCAGCGCUAAACUAGAUGCCCAUUAUAUCACUGUCUUUUUACUUCAUAAUAAACUCCAGUGUAAAUAUCAGAGCCAACAAGUGCUCCCAGUCAAACAGAUACACCUCAACGGUCACGUAUAGCUAUUAUUAAAAAGGCUAACCAUUCAAAUGGCUUCUUAUUUAAUAUUAAAAAAAGACUAUGCACUGAUUUUUCUGAAGCUAAAAUGUAUUUAUGGAUUAUUUCUUUUUUUAAAUAAGCUAAAUAAAAACAAUGGAGGUGAUUAAUGAUCAAUAAAAUCACUUUUACACAAAAAAUUUACUUGAGCGGUGGGAACAAUUACCGGCAACCCUCUUUUGCUGGAUCAUUUUAUUCAUUUCUCUUAAUUUCAAACCUGUAUGUAGUGAUGAUCUAUAGUAGCACAUCAGCAUUUCCUCCACAAAACACCCGACCCACUGCACUGACCUUUUAUACUAAAAAAAAAAUGAGCUUUGUUUUGUGUGCGUUUGUUUCAUGUGUGUUUUAGAAGACAAUUUGCACUUGUUACAUUUUUAUGAGCAUCCCCUACCUUCAGAGUGAAGGACUUUGUUACUGUUAACUGAUUCCUAAAUCAGAUCCAUGCAUAGUACAUUUUGUAGCUGACAGUUUAUUUUGUACUUCCUCUAUAUUAAUGGACGCGGUACUUUUGAAAAAAGUUACCAUGUGUUUUGAUAACCUAUCUUAUCUGUAUUCUACGUAAAAACACAUAACUACACAAAAAGUUGUAAUGAAGGUUUGUUGAAAAGAAACAACACUAUAAAAUGUGUGGCUUUAAUAUUCAUUAACAUACAACAAUGUUUUAUGGUCUAUUUAUUUUCUAUUUUUUUUUUUUUUGGUACCUGGCACAAUUUUUUUUUUAAGAUAAGGUAUUUUACUUAUCUCUGAUAAAUUAACAUUGUUAUGCCGUACUUGUGUACUUUUCAAACCUGUAAAUAACUCAAAAUGUAAAUAAUUUUGUAAGAAGCUUUUGAUCGUUUAUAUAUAUAUAUAUAUAUAUAUAUAUAUAUAUAAAUAUAAGAUGUGCAUUUUCUCACUGUUUUUUUUUUAAACAAAUUUGUGUAAAGGAUUGCAAUUAUCCACGCAUAAAAAUUAUUUCCUGAAUAUUUUUACUGAAAUAACUUUGAGGGAAAUAAAGUGCCUAAAAUAAA